CUUUGACAUGGGGGAGCGAACCGCCACAAUGACUUCCCCAUUUUAUAUGAAGGGAAACAUCUCUUUCUCACUCCUCUUUUCCCAUCUGAAACUUCUCUCCCUCUUUUCUCGCUAACCCCUUCUUUCAUUUCUCUCCUUUACUUAUGUGACCCUGCAAAAAUAACCCAAAAAAGGAAAGGAAAACAAAACCCAAAGCUUUCUCAGUUUCUCUGGUUCGUUAUCAUUCUGCAAAAGCAAUCAUAAAAAGGAAAAGGAAUUCAAUCCUUUGGAUUCUUCAUCAGUGUCUACCUUUGAAGAUAUUCCCAUUAAACAAACGCAAUCUUGGGGUUUCUCUUGCUUUCAUCUCUGUAGAGCAAACAAAAAGAAACCCAUCAAUCCUCUGUUAUCUGUUGAAAUAUUCCCAAAAAGGAAAGGGAGGAAACCUAUUAAUCCCUCUUCAUCUCAGAAUGAAGAACCUCCAUGGAAAAGGCAAAGGAAGGGUUCACCCCUCUCCUUCGACUACAACGCCUUUCGGUUCCUUACACAAAGAGGCUCUCCUUGUUCUCAAGGUUUUACCGGCCACCAUUUUUGCUCUGUGCUCUGCUUUAUUACCAGAAGAGAGAGAAGUGUUGGCUUAUUUGAUUGCGAGGUCGUCGAAAAAUGAAGAAAAGAGCAAGUUCAAGCCGAGCCAUGUUCAUAGACCUGCAUUCGAUUGCUGUUGCUUUGAAUGCUACACCAGUUACUGGAUCAGAUGGGAUUCGUCGCCGAAUAGAGAGCUUAUUCACCAAGUUAUCGAAGCUUUCGAAGAACAUUUAGCAGGAAGAGAGGGUCAGAAAGGAAAAGGAAGCAAUAAGGGGAAGAGCAAGAAGAGCUACUGCAAGGAAAAGAAUACUCUUAGUGGGGAGUUGCAGGAUGAGGGGAAGAGAGAGAAAGAGAGUGGGGAGUUGCAGGAUGAGGGGAAGAGAGACGAAGGUGGGGAGUUGGGGGAUGAUGGGAAGAGAGAGAAAUGGGGUGUGGAGAUUCCAGAGGAAGGGAAGAGAGAGAAAGAUGAGGAGGUUCCCGGAAAAGAGUGUAGGGUCGUCGGUGUUGAUUUUCCUAGCAAGGGUUUGGUGAGGAAGGUGGUACCGGAUUUGUUGGGGUUUUUGGCAUCUCGAUUGUGGACGGUUUGGGGUCCGGUGGAAUGAAGAGAGAGAGAGAGAGGAAGACACUGAAGAGUGAAACCCCUGUUGGUAAGCUUUCGUUUUUUUUGGAAAUAUAUUGUUUUUUUUUUUUUAUGUAUAUCUUUUUGAGCAAGCAAACCUUAUCUGAAGUAAUGGCCUUGUGUUUCUUUCCGGCGAGUGAGUCGCUGGAUAAAACUGUUUUUGCAAGCAAUUGCCUUGUGUUUCUUUACGGCGAGUCGCCGGAUAAACUCUUUCAUCAAGCAAUGGCAACAUCCCCCUC